UGCGGAGGAGACCAAGAAGAGAGACAAGACAGCAAGAAGAAGAAGAAGAAGAAGAAGAAGAAGAACUUACCCACAGAGAAGAAGAAGAUGGAUGAAGAAGAGAAGAAGAGAGAAGAAGAGAUAGCUAGAGGCAAAAGACCUGGCCGGCUCUUUCGGCUGGCAGAAGAAGAAGAAGAAGAAGAAGAUGAUGAUAAUCAAGAUGAUAGUAAUGGAGAUGAAGAAGAUGGUCAUUAA